GGCUCCAGCGGCUCCAGCGAAGCAAACCACAAGGAAACGGUACCAGGAAGACUCUGACCAGCAGCACUACAUUCUGCUUGCGCUGUUCUAUUUUGCCGUGGAUAGUUACACGACAGCGAGUUUUAAGACAACAGACGUGACAGUAUUUCCAAAAACGGGUCUAACGUUAGCUAAGUUAGCUUAAGUUCAUGUUAGCUUGGUAACAUCGGAAGCUAUGCUGCUAACAUUAGCCGAUCCAGACUGAACAACUGCCGAACUGCCUCUUUCAUAGUUUAUUCUCGUGUUCGUGAAUUUAAUAUUAUAUAUAUUUAUAUGUAUAUAUUACAUGUACGAGGAAAGGGCCCACGGAGUUGUACUGUCAGCUUCAAGUGCUACAUUUUGUUGCAGUCUAACAACAACAAUGCACAUGUCAACAGCAGAUGGCCUACCUUAAUCCAAUCAGUUCCCCUGACACGGAGCGGGCCACUACUGCAGCAGUAAGACAUGUUUUUCUAUAUAUUUGUUUUUACUGCCGUGUUUGAGAUCGACCGAAGGGAUUUUCUCAGGAACACGGAGACUGUUAGAUAUACUGGCAACUUUCCACGGUGUGGAUGAAGGUGACAGAAGCGACAGGGAUGUGAUAUAAGCGAUCGGCAGCCCACACCUUUAAAGUAAUAACAUGGAAUCUGAAAACUUGACUGACCCAUAUCAAGACAACCGGGAUCUAAGUCGCCAGUCACUGCAGAGUACAAGGAAAGAUUCUCGGGCGUCAUCCGUGCAGAAACACAAAAAGAAAUUCGGGGACAAGAUCCACAGUGAGGAGGAGAGUAGAUCAAAAACCAGAACCUGGCAUUCGGAUCCAGACCGGGACCAGAUAUCAGACGGAGAGGAAAGAAAAAGUAACAGGUCUUUUUACUCUGAUGAUUAUGAGAAUGAGUCCACUUCAGAGCACUCAAGUUCGCCAUACUCCCAGUCCCGGACUCCUUCGCCUUCUACACAAAGAGGGGUACGGGCAAAGAGGACUUCUAACAGCCCUCUCUACAAGAUGGGUGGUGUGGGGCGUCGGGGUGCGCCUCGCCCACAGCGACCAGGUGGCCAACUCCUGGCCCUGCAGCAUCGUAGGGGAGUGCGUUCACAAAGCCAAGAAUCCACGCCACCUAAAGACCUGGACCUGGUGACGAAGCGGAUGCUUUCAGCCCGCCUCCUGAAGAUCAAUGAACUGCGUAAUGCUCUUGCUGAACUGCAGCAGCGCACUGAUGAACUGCAGAAGGAGAAUCGAAUUCUCAGACAGCUUCAAGUGCGCCAAGAGAAAGCCCUGCAGCGCUACGAUGACACAGAGAGCGAGAUUUCCCAGCUACUGUCACGCCACUCCAACGAUAUCCAUGUGUUGCGUGAGCGACUGAGGCGGACGCAAGAGAGGGAACGGGCAGCUGAGCGGCGGUCGAAGGACAGCGAGGAGCAGCUGCAAAGGAGUCAGGGGACCAUUGCACGGCUGAGGAAGCUGGUCGACCAGAGGGAGCUAGCAGCCAGAGAUGAGCUAACGCGCAGGCUAGAGGAGGAGAAGACACGGGCCCAAGAGGCAGAGCGGAAGAUAAAGGAACUUGAGCGUAGCAUGGAGCUGACCAACAGCAGUUACCAAAGGCAGCUGGUUUCAGAGAAGAAGAAGACCAUCACCGCCCAGGAGGAAAUCAAGACUCUGCAGGAGGAGCUGGAACGACUGACUAAUAAACUUAAGGAGAAGGAGAGGGAGCUUGAUACUAAGAACAUUUACGCUAACCGCAUGGUGAAAUCCUCUGUGAGAAAAGAUGCAGACAGUGCACAAAGCGGACAAGGCACAAAGCGGAUUGUCCCCAGUAGGAGCAGCACCAAGGCAGUACAGACUGAAGACAGGAUGUUAAGUCUGGAUUUCCCCUCACCGCCCCCCGCCCUCACUGAAUCCAAUGAGUACAGUGAACAGGCACCUGAUGACUACCUAACACUUAAGCAGCUGGACAGAGUUCACAGACAGGUGGAGACAGAAGACAGUCCUCAAAGCCAGGAAGAAGAAAAAAGGAGAGACAAAGAAAAAGUCAGGGAGAAGGAGUUGGUGAAGGGGAAGAUCCAGGAGAAAGAGGAGAAAGAGCAACUCAAUCAAGAGCUGAAUGUACUCGAAGAGAAGGCAAAGACGCCAAGAGACGCUCUGGGGAAAGAAAAAGAAGAGGAUAGAAAGGGAACCAGUUUCAUGUUAAACCAGAAAGAGGGAAAGAACUUCUGGAAGCAUGGUCACGUCCAGGAUGAGGUUGAAAAAUGGAACCACGAAACACUGGCCACCGAGCAGGCCGCGGAGGAAGCACGGCGUAAAAAAGAGCUGCUGCUGGCUAAGAUGCGCGAAAUAGACGGUCAAAGCCAGGGCUACGUGUUUCAGUCGAGUCCGUCUGAGGCCAGCAAGGGAACCGCCGACCAUACGUCUCCUCGCCCUCCUGAGCAGAGGAACCGUAACGCUCCUGUUUUCACAGACUCGGAGGAAGUGGGAGGCUUACGUGCAGGAAGCAGAGAAAGUGGAAGGAGGAGAGCUGGCAUAGAGGGUGGAGCAGUUACCGGGGCAAUAGGGAGGAGGGCACUGCGCACUCAAAUCUCCAGUGAUGACUUAGCAUUCGGAGGCUACGCGCCUUCGUUUGGACAUUCAGCUUCCCGAGCUUCCCCUGGCUUCCCUCCACCUCCGCCCAAGGAGGACAGGGACUCAGCAUUAGAAGCAAUAGGCAUUUUCAACCUCACGGAGACAGAAAAGGGAUUCGGGAAGGAGAGGAAGUCUAGCCUCAUGCAGCAGCUGUUUGGCGCCCAGGCUACGCCUGCUGGUGACAGUGAGAGUCCCUCAAAUAAAAUGGAGGUCCUCAACAGUCCUCCAGCCACAAACGGUGUACGUUCAAGAAGGGAAGGACUGCUCAGCUUCAGCUCGGGGUCUUCCACUCCUCCCGCAUCCUCCAUCAACACCAUACAUGUUGCGGACAGCCGACCUGCCUACCGUGCCAUCGCCUCAUUUGAUGAUGACAUAGAGGAACUCACUUUAUAGCACUGGAGUUUAGACUGGAGGUAGUGAAACAAAAACUGAGCGAACGCUAUAGAAUCCCAAAUAACAAAUAUCCCAAAUUUGAAAUCUCUGGGACAUAUAUAAAGUACUGGUAGACAGCAUGAACGGUGUAAUCCUUCAUCUCAUUUCCUGUUUUUCUUGUAAAGCACAGACCAAAUACAUACAAAACACAAGGAAUACAGCCGGUUUCUGCGCCAGUCACGCUGCAUUUCACGUAAAGCUUUGCCAGGUUUUGCAUGGACGGCGCUUGUUGUGUGAUCCUUCUUUUAUCAAGAAAAAGUUGUCGUAUAUUGCUCUUUUUAGUAGUAUAGAGUUCAUGCCAUGCAUCUUACUGAAGAUGACAAUCACACUUUGCAAACUUUGAGUACUCAUGGAAUAUCCGGUGGAUUAUAUUAAAAUGUCAUAUAUCAUUUUUUUUUCUUCUGCAGAAGAGAAAUGUUGAUGCCCUACAGUUUAUAGAAGUUUAUAGAAAUAGAAAAACCUCCCUGAACACCAGCUCACUUGUCUCAUGCACUAAUAUACCUCAAGUGAAGGUAGCACUACCAGCUUAAAGACAAUCAGCACUAAAGCAAAGGUUGUAGGAGAAUCUGCAGGCUGCAUAUUUUUAUUUUAUGUGUUUGUUGCAUUAUGAAAAAUCGCCACACUAUUACAACACUCUUCAUCAGUAAACUGUAAAAUUUAUAUUAGAUAUUUAUGUUUUUUUUGUGAAGAUGCUUUUUCUAUUUAUACUUAGCAAACUAUUUUGAAUAGAUUUGUGAUAUAGCAUUCGUGUCAUGAAUUUUUCACAUUUUGUACUCUGUGUGUGUCUUUAAAUUGUUAAGGAAAAAAAGAAAAAAAAGUGUGUCUGUCGUAUUUUUGUUGAAUGAAAAUAAAUGUUUGUACCACA